CUCUGUCCGGACGCUCUUUCCCUCCGCUCCUCUCAGGCUCCAACGAUAGAGACCCGCCUGCCUUCUGAAGCAACUCGAAGAGGUCGCAAACAGGCGGAAUUCAUUCAUACAAACACAUCGAGAAAAAAAAAAGCGAAAAAAGAAGGAAUAUUUAGGAACCGGAACAAGUGGAAGGAAUACAACUUAUAGAUCCUCAUUUAUUUUUUUUUUCUACUUUUUUUCCUCCAAACUAAAAGUCCCUGGAAGUUUUGACAUCAUGAGGAUUUUCAGUGUUGUGCUCCUGCUGGUUCACGCCUUGGUGGUGUCCAGACUGGCCAGCGGUGCAGCAGUCGACAGGUAUGAGAGCGACAGGCAGCGGCACACAGCCGUCAUCAACUUCAUGGACACAACCAAAGACAGGAAGGCAGAGGAUGAGAGCACAGGCGUGGGUGCGACAACAGUGGAGUAUGGACAGGAGGGCGAGGAGGAGGAGGAGGAGUAUGAUGACGAAUACUACGAUGAAGACGAGUAUGAAGAUGGCAUGUCUGGAGACUAUGAGAUGGAGCUGCCACGAGUCGCCAUGUCGAGCAAACCCAAAGACCCGUCUGCCAUCCUGGAGACAGAAAGCACUGAGGGAAAGAGGAGGAGGGGAAAGGGAAGGAAGAGGGUGAAGGGAAAGGGAAAGAAGAGGAAUCCUUGCCUGAAGAAGUAUAAGGAUUUCUGCAUCCAUGGCACCUGCCAGUACCUGAGGGACAUCCGCGCCCCAUCCUGCGUGUGCCUCCCCAAUUACUCAGGCGAAAGGUGCGAGUUCAUCACGCUGCCCGUGCAGUCCCCCGAGGGCUACAACCGGACCACAGCCCUGGCCGUGGUGGCGGUGGUGCUGUCGUCCGUCUGCCUCACCAUCAUAGGCCUUUUAUUAAUGCUCAGGUUUCACAAGCGGGGAGCGUAUGAUGUAGAGAAUGAAGAGAAGGUCAAACUAGGGUUAGCGUCCAACCACUGAAGAGACAAAGAGGGGCAAAGAUGCAGAAAUUCUACCUCAAAAUAGAAAAAGAGAAGUGAACCACGAAAGGAGGUCCUACAGGAGGAAGGAACGUACAUAAAGAAAGGAAACAGAGGGUGUUGUCUUUGCGUUGAUCCUCUGCUGGACGUUCACAUGAACGUAUUCCUGUAGACCUCAGAAGUAAACGGGCCGUCUGAUACUGGAAUACAAAAAAGGCCCAGGUGAGGAUGGAGCGGAGACGUGACAAGCAUGAGGUGAUGAACACGAGGGAAUGAGGAGGAGGAGAAGGAGGAGGAGAGGAAGAAGGGACAAGUCUAGACUCUGUGCUGCUUCUUGACUGUGUGAAAAGAAAAGUCGUCUCGGACUGAACUGAACAAGAAAAGUUUUUUUUUUAACAACAAGAGCUCAACCUGGAUUUUUUUUCCCUGCACAAGUCCAUCUUUUUUUUUUGUGUACAGUAAACGGUAUAUUUAUAAUUCUAAUUUAUUUAUUUAAGCUAACUGUAUUUAUAGAGAUUUUUAACCACCUUCAGUAGUUUUUCAAAUACUGAUGUUACAGUUGUUUUUAUAUUUCUUAUUGGACAAUAUUUAUUUAUGAAACAGAAAAAGCAAACAAUGCAGAAGCUCCUGAAGAUAUUAAGUAUUUCAUGAAAAGAGAUAUGAUGCAUAAAUAUCUGAUUUCUGGCUUUAAUUUUGGCACUCAGUAGAUGAUCAAUAGCACUGUGAUUAAAAAAUUGAUCAUUGAAUAGACAUGAUUUUUUAUUUUUUUUUUUAAUGAUUCAGGGUGGUUUCAAUGAAAGCAACACUUUUCAGGAACGCCCUGCUCACACUCACACAGUUACACACAUUCACGCCUGGAAACUGCCCAGUACAACCAGUUUGUAUUUGUCAGAAGCUCCACUGUAGCAGGUGGGGGUUCAGGGCCUUGCUCAAAAGCAUGUCAGCGAUGGUAAUGAGAGAGGCAGCAAGCCCUGCUCUUUCACUCUUUCCCCACCCAAAUGUAUCCUGCAGGUUCGGGGAUCUUUAGGCCGCAUGAGGCUUUAGUGUUAUGAGUCAGUGUAACGACAUUAUGAUGCAGUUCACCGGUUGCGUAUUGAUCAUAGGCAACAUAAAAACUGUGCACUCAGCAUCUGUAUCGCUAUGAAACCUUUAAAAGGGAGUCAAAUAUAAAAUGCACUGUAGCAAGAAUUUGGUAUAAAUACAUUGUACUGUCAUGUUGUCUUAUCAUCAUUAUAGCGAAGAAACUCCCUCGGAUCCGAGUUAAGCUGAUAAAGCAAAAAAAAAAAAAAAAAAAAAAAAAAAAAGUGAAUUAAAGUGUUCCACCCUUUCAAAUCCUGUCCUGCAGUUUUGAAGUGAUUCUUAUUUAUGUGAUUUUUUUUCAGAGCAAAAUAAUAAUAAAAAAAGAGAUUAUCAGAA